GACCCCUCGAGGCCUCGCUCAAAGACCCUGGGAGCGGCAUUCCCCAGAGUCCCCUGGCUGUCCGGUGACCCCAUAAGGACCCCCGGCCCCCCAGGGGGACCUGAUGUUCCUGCUGGACAGCUCGGCCAGUGUGUCCCACUAUGAGUUCUCCCGAGUUCGGGAGUUUGUUGGGGGGCUGGCGGCCCUGCUGCCCCUGGGCCCGGAGGCCCUGCGCGCCAGCCUGGUCCACGUGGGCAGUCGGCCGCACACCGAGUUCGCCUUCGGCCAGCACGGCUCGGGCCUGGCCGUCCAGGAGGCCGUCCGCGCCGCGGCCCAGCGCAUGGGCGACACCAACACCGGCCUGGCGCUGGCCCACGCCAAGGAGCAGCUGUUUGCAGAGGCGGCGGGCGCCCGGCCAGGGGUGCCCAAGGUGCUGGUGUGGGUGACGGACGGCGGCUCCAGCGACCCCGUGGGCCCCCCCAUGCAGGAGCUGAAGGACCUGGGCGUCACGGUCUUCAUCGUCAGCACCGGCCGCGGCAACCUGCUGGAGCUCACCGCCGCCGCCUCGGCCCCUGCUGAGGGCCACCUGCGCUUCGUGGACGUGGACGACCUGCCCCUCAUCACCCAGGGGCUGCGGAGAGCCAUCCUCGAUGCGGUGCGGCCACAGCAGCUGUGGGCCUCUGAGGUCACGUCCAGCACCUUGCGCUUGGCCUGGCCACCCCUGCUGACUGCCGACGCGGGCUACUAUGUGUUGGAGCUGGUGCCCAGGACCCAGCCGGGGGCCCGGCGUCGCCAGCAGCUGCCAGGAAACGCCACGGGGUGGACCUGGGACGGCUUGGAGCCGGACACGGACUACGAGGCCACGCUGGUGCCCGAGUCCAACGUGCGCCCGGUCGGGCCGCAGCACCUCCGCGUGCGCACGCUGCCAGGUGAGGCCGCG